UGCGAACGAAUGAUAUGGGAUCUUCCAAAAAACCUGAGAAAAGAAAAGCCACUGCACUGCUGCACUGACACUCAUUUCAAUGGAGACUCGGCGUCACCGGGAUCAUUACAAAUAACGUACAGCUAGUUGUAAACACUGCAUCGAUCUUUGUGAUGAAUUUCCACCCCUUUGGGAUAAAGUUACCCGUUUAAUCUGAAUCAGGAUAUGCAUAUGAGUGAAGAACGUUUCAGUCGUAAGAAGACACCAAUGUCUGUCCUGCAAGCGUAAAUUUGUCUCAACAGUCCCGUGAAAGUGAUGCAAAAAGACGUUGCGCGUCGUUCAAUCUUCCCAAAUUACCAGUAACCGUUUUGUGACGAACAUGACCUUCAUGUAAAUACUUGACAUUAUUUUUAUUUUAUAGGUUUAACUUUUACCAAAUCGCCAACAAUGCAGGUCCUUCUGUUUGCCACCGUUCUCUUCUGCGUGGAGGACUUCGUCCGUGCUGAGCCCAAACAGAAGUGCACGGAGCGCUGCGACGUGAGCACUUGCCCCAGCCCCAGCUGCCCGAUGGGGUACGUUCCAGACCGAUGCAACUGCUGCCUGGUAUGCGCCCAGGGCGAAGGCGACCCAUGCGGGCGCAAAGACGACCUUCCCUGCGGUGAUGGACUCGACUGCAAGCACCCGGCCGGCAAGCGUCUCGCCAAGGGGUUCUGCCAGUGUAAAUUAGUGCAUAAAGUCUGCGGCAGUGAUGGCAAUACAUAUGGGAACGUGUGUCAGCUUAAGGCGCAGAGUAGGAAGGCUCUGCAACAGGGUCUGCCAGCCAUCAACUCGGUCCAGAAGGGACCAUGCAAAAUCAACCAAAACAAAGGUACUUCACACCCCACCAGUCCCAGGUAUAAGUUUAACUUCAUAGCUGACGUGGUGGAGAAGAUCGCUCCGGCUGUGGUCCACAUCGAACUCUUCCUCAGACACCCUCUGUUUGGCCGGAACGUCCCUCUGUCUAGCGGGUCAGGCUUUGUGAUGUCAGAGACGGGCCUGAUAGUGACCAAUGCCCACGUCGUGUCCAGCACCACGCCUAUGUCAGGUCAUCAGCAGCUCAAGGUUCAGAUGCACAGUGGUGAUAUCUACGAGGCGACCAUCAAGGACAUCGACAAGAAGUCCGACAUCGCCACCAUAAAAGUCAACUCACUGAAAAAGCUUUCUGUGCUGUUGCUAGGCCACUCGGCCGACCUUCGACCUGGUGAGUUUGUGGUUGCGAUCGGCAGCCCCUUUGCGCUCCAGAACACGGUUACCACGGGGAUCGUGAGCACGGCCCAGAGGGACGGCAAAGAGCUGGGCAUCAGGGACUCUGACAUGGGCUAUGUGCAGACGGACGCCAUCAUUAACUAUGGAAAUUCAGGUGGACCUCUCGUUAACUUGGAUGGAGAGGUGAUCGGCAUCAACACUCUCAAGGUGGCCGCUGGGAUUUCCUUCGCCAUCCCCUCUGAUAGGAUCACACGAUUCCUCAACGAAUCAAUGGACAAGCAGAGCAAAGAAGUGAGAUCACUGAAGAAGCGGUUUAUUGGAAUAAGGAUGCUCACCAUCACCUCAGCCCUGGUUGAGGAGCUGAAGCAGCAGAACCCAGACUUCCCAGAGGUCACUAGUGGGAUCUACGUUCAUGAAGUGGUUCCUCACUCUCCUGCACAGAAAGGUGGAAUCAGAGACGGCGACAUCAUCGUGAAGCUGAACGGCCGUCCGCUGCUGACCACUGCUGACCUACAGGGGGCGCUCACAGAGGAGACGACUCUGCUGUUGGAGGUCAGGAGGGGCAACGACGACCUACUCUUCAACAUCCAGCCUGAUGUCAUUAUGCAGCCCCUUGCUGUUCAACACCGAGCCCGACGACGUCAUCGGGCAGUAACCAUGGCAACUGUGGUGUGGAAUCCGGGAGACUGAUAAAAGUAUAUGGACCACCAAACAAACACGCUUGAGAGACCUAGACACUGAUAGUUGCCCCUAAUCACUGAUCUAGGGUCAGUUGUUUGUUUCUCCCCCUAAUGGUUGAUGAUAGGAUUUGGGAGGGUAAAAUAGGAUCCUAGAUCUAUGCCUAAAGGGUGACUUUUUAACCAUUCAGAUCCAAGGUGAAGACGAUCAACAAACAGAAAAACUGUGUUUGUUUGUUGGAACCUUGAUGGGGAAACGAUAGACCGACUGAACCUUGUUUGGGAAAUCUCCACAGAACUCUGGAGUUCAGAUGCAUUUAGGACUGAAAGUCCCAGUGAAACCAAACACUUGAUUUUUAUUGUUAUAUAUAUGUGUUUUGUAUCAUCUAAAUGUCUUUGUCAAAGCAUACUAGCUGUUACUUGAGAAUCACUUACUCCAACUGCAAGCGAUCCUUGGUAAGACAAGUUUUAGCAUAAUAGAUGUUUCAAUUGUUCCAUUGCUUUUAUGGCCUUUUAAAUCUGUUAGAAUAGAAAUCAUUUCUGUAUAUAUACGAGUAGCUGUGUCCAAUGCUGUCGGUUCGGAACCAUUCCCCUAACCAACUGUGAAUGUUAUUUGGUCAGUUAUAGGUUGAAAGAAAGAACACAUUUUGGUCAGAAAUGGUCAGUUGAAAGAAAUACAUUAUUUUUUCAGCUGGUAAAAUGUAAGCAAAUGUCUGAUUUAAACCUGUUGCUGUAUUCCUGCGGUCUUCUACUAUAACCGACACGUUGGUAACACUUUACAUUUGUGUCCCCUUUAUAAAGGUGUUAUGAGUUGUUCAUAAGUAGUUUACGAUACCAACUUGUGCUUAAAGUAUGAAUAAAUAAACUCACUUUACAGGCAGUGAGUUAUAUAUUAAUCA